AUGGCCACCGACGCCCCCAAGGCCAACGGCGACGCCGCCCCCGCUGCCGAAAAGUUGACCAAGCCUGCGAGGCCCGACGAUGACCUCUUCAAGAAGUCUCUCGAAGCUGCCGAGAAGGAGCACAAGGCCGUGAUGGCCAAGUACAAGCGCCGCCAGGAACUCAUCUCGCAGCUCAACGAGAUCCGCCAGAAGCAAGCCGGAUUCAAGAAUGCUCGUGCCUCCAAGAUGGACCAGAUCAAACGCCUCGACGAGCAGCUUAAGAGCCGCAUCGCCGAACAGAAGACGGCCCGCACCCGCGUUCCCUACAAGGGUCUCGACGAUCUCGACCGCCAGAUUGCCGACCUCGAGCGCAAGGUCGAUUCCGGCACUCUCAAGAUUGUCGAUGAAAAGAAGGCUCUUAGCGACAUCUCUUCCAUGAAGAAGAUGCGCAAGAGCUUUGCCGGCUUCGACGACGCCCAGAAGCAGAUUGACCAGCUCAAGGCCAAGAUCAAGGAGAUUAAGGACACCCAGGAGGAUCCCGAGCAGAAGGCUCUCUCUGAAAACUACAACAAACUCCAGAAGGAGCUGGACGAGAUCAAGGCCCAGUCCGACGAGGCUUACAAGAGCCUUGGUUCCCUUCGUGAUGAGAGGACGAAGCUCCAGGCUGAGCAGCAGGAGAAGUUCCAGGCCAUCCGCAAGAUCAAGGACGACUACUACAACCAGAAGCGUGCCUUCUCCCAGUUUGAGAAGGACGCUCGUGACAAGGCCAGGGAGAGGCAGCGUGCCGAGCGUGACCGCAUCGUCAAGGAGCGCAAGAAGGCCGACGCCGAGAGGCUUCUGCAGGAGGCUUCCGACCCCGCCUUCCUCGAAGAGAUCCGCCGCGCCAACAGUCUCCUCCGUUUCCUCGACCCCAGCGCGGCCCCCGCGGAGAAGGCCCCGCUUCUCGCCGAGAGCGGGCUUGCCGCCCAAGCUCAGCGCAAGGUCGACGACGCUGGCCUCAAGGGCAUGAAGUUGGUCAAGAAGGAGGACCGAGAGGACGAGUACUUGCCUGCCGUUAAGAAGGGAAAGAAGGGCAAGAAGGGUGGCGCCCCGAGUCUGCCGCCAAGACUUUCAACUGCCCUCCCUCCGUCGUCGAGGACUGCUCUUACCUCGGUCUUGACCCCCAUGAGCGCCGCCGAGGUCCCCGAUGUAAUCGAAAAGGUCCAGGCUAAGCUCAACGACUGGAAGGCCAACCAAGCGGCCCAGACCCAGAAGAACGUUGAGAAGGCCAAGAAGGAGAUUGCCCGUCUCGAGGCUGAGGAAGCCGCCGAGGCCGACGGCGAUGCCAAGGUGGAGAAGCUAGCUUCUGACCUUGAGGCUACCGCUGUUAAAGAGUAA